AUGGAGCCGGAGUUGAGGUUCUUGGAUUCGGCUCCUGCCAACUGCAAGGAGAAGCUGGUGGACUUGUAUAAGCGCUUCAACUUCAGCGAGUCUGAGUAUGAGUGCUUCCAGUUCAAUCAGGGAGAGCUGACCCUGGCCAGGCUUCCAGCGUUUGAGACGUACUUGCAGAAGGAGAAGGAAAAGCGCGUGCCAAAGAAGCAGCAACUUCUCAGAACUGCUCGUCCCUUUGGAGGUGAGAAUCUGAAGCGCCGGCCGCUGCAGGUCAGCCCGCCUGUGGCCAAACGUCGGGAGACGGAGGAGGUCAAGGAAGGCCCACCCGUUGCGAAGAGUCACCAGAUCUCCGUGAAGAAUAGCAUCAACACGGGGAAGCUGGAAAAGCGGCAGCUGUCCCGGACUGCCAACGUGAAGCUACUGGGCCAACAUUUCUGGGUAGGCGAGCGGCAGGCAGCCUACAGCUGGAUGGAUGAGGCGAUCUCAGAGCGGAUGAUCCGCCGGGACGAGCGCCUCCAGGAGUGGGAGGCGCCGGUCACCGCCGCGCUGCAGCGGAAGGCACAGGAGGCCCGCUGA